GCGCUUCCGGGUUAUAUUCACGUUCCGGGUUACACUGAACAGCAUGGCUGAAGAAAACAGCUCUUUGGCUAAUUGGCCAGAAAUAGAAAAAGCAGAAAAGGAGAACAGACGAGAGCUGGUGCUUCAAGGUUCGGCGUUUGACAAAAAGAUCCAGGACAGCUGCGGACUUCACCCGCGACUUUAUUCCCUCUCGCUCCUGAACUACCUGGAGAUCAGUCAAUGUCCCAGUUUACAUGAGAUCCACGAGAACAUCAGGCAUCUGUCUCAUCUACAGAGUCUGAUUCUCUGCAGGAACAAACUCACUUCAGUCCCAAAAAGCAUCGGUGAUCUGAAGGCGAUCAAAGUCCUGGAUUUGUCUGUCAACCAGCUGCAGGCUCUGCCCGAGGAGAUCUGUGCACUGAGCGAGCUCAACACUUUAAAUGUCAGCUGCAAUAGCAUCACUGCUCUGCCGGAUGGUCUGAGCAAGUGUGUGAAGCUCGCCAGCAUCAAUGUGUCCAAAAAUGCGCUCUCACGGCUUCCAGAAGACUUAUGGUGCUCCAACCUGGAGCUCCUCAGCAGUAUUAUUGCAUCAGAAAACGCGAUAGAGGAGCUGAGCAGGGACGUUCAUAAGCUGGCUGCACUGAAGGUUUUGGAUCUCUCCAGCAACAAGCUCCAAGAGCUUCCGUUCGAGUUGGCCGACUGCACCAAGCUGAAAGAGACCAAUUUUAAAGGGAACAAGCUGAAGGACAAGAGGCUUGAGAAGAUGGUGAAUGGUUGCCAGACCAAAUCAGUCCUAGACUACCUGAGGGCAGGAGGGAGGGGGAAAGGCAAAGGCAAGCAGCAAGAUGGAGAGGUGGGCGAGAAGGCCGACGCUGGCCGUAACGUCUCCAAGAAGAAAAGCGCUGCAAAGCAGAAAGGCAAAAAAGAGGCAGAGGAAGUGGAUGAGCUUAAUCGGAUGGUUGUGAGAGUUCUUCACGUAUCCGAAGCGCCCACAGCUGUUACGGUGAAAGUUUCCGCAGGCAUUAAGGAUGUCCGGCCAUACAUAGUGUGCUGUAUUGUGAAAGGCAUGAACCUCAGACAAGGAAAUUCACUCAAGCGAUUUCUAGUUGCUCAGACCAAACUUCAUGAUGAGAUUUGUGCCAAAAGGACAACGGCAACCAUUGCAACCCAUGACCUGGGCUUACUAAAGGCUCCUCUGACGUAUGACGCCAGGUCACCAGAUACACUGAAGAUAGUUCCUCUGGGUCGUAAGGAGAUAAAGGCAUCCGACCUGCUGAAGCAUCUUCAACAGGAAGCAGAUGAACAGAGAAAACAGAAAAAGCGACAGAACGUUUCUGGACUCCACAAAUACCUUCAACUCCUUGAUGGAAAAGAUCUCUACCCCUGCUUGGUUGACGCAGAUGAUCAUGUGGUCUCAUUUCCACCAAUCACAAACAGUGAGAGGACUAAGAUAAAGAAAAGCACACAAGAGCUGUUUUUAGAAGUGACGAGCUCCACCAGUCUGCUGAUCUGUAAAGAUGUCAUGGAUGCACUGAUAAUAAAAAUGGCAGAGCUUAAUAAAUUAAGCUUUGACAUAAAGGACGAUGUGGGCUCGGACGAAGAGACGGAUGUGAUUUCAGAUCGUCCCGCGGAGAACCCGGCCACCCCUGAGCUGACUGUUUUACAAGUGAAGGUCUUUGAUGUAGAGGGAAACCUUAAAGUGGUCUACCCAUCAAAAACUGACCUGGUGUCGGACCUCAGCAAUUUAUCAGUCAUCCGAUAACUAAAUUCAGCUGUUGAUGUUUUUUCUUUGUAAUUUUGUAAUGCUUGAACCCAUAAAAUUGCAUAAUUAUCUCUAAUUAAAUUAAAACAUUAAUUUAAA